GCUCCCGGUCCCCAGCCGCGAACUCGGCCCGCAGGGAGCCGGGAUGCCCUGGGCUCGCCACACGGGCGCUGCUCUGGGUCCUAGCCCCUCCCCCGUCCCAAGCGGAGCUGGUGCCCCCGCCUCGAGGUCUCACUGCGGGCUCGUUCAUGGCCUCUGCUGCUGGCGAGGCGCCGCCGGGGCCCUGCCGCGGGGAGAUCGGGCUGCAGUUCUGGGUGGAAGCCUUGCAGCUGGCUCCCGGCUUGCUGGCUCCCGCUGUGCUGCUGGGGGUCGCCUUGGGCGUCGGCGCCGCGCUCCUGCUGUGUUUCUAUGUGAUCGGGCCUCUUCUGCAAAACAAGAAAGAUGAUUCUCAAAGGCUUCUGGAAAGCUUUCACUUGGAUGUACACGGACAUCUUGAUGAAAAUGUACCCUUACCCAGAAAGGAGAAAACUGAAACUCAGCUGUCAGAGGAGGAAAUGGUGCUGGAAGGAAAUGAGUCUUCUUUGAACAGUAACAUCACAGCAUUUGCACUAAAAGCAAAAGUCGUCUAUCCAAUCAAUCAAAAAUUUAGGCCCCUGGCAGAUGGAUCAUCCAAUCCAUCUUUGCAUGAGAAUCCAAAGCAGGCUGUUCUGCCUAAUCAGAUAAUGGAAACUUCUACUUCAAGCAGCCUUGGAUCCCUGAGUCAUGAAGACAAGGAGGACUGUAGUUCAUCUACAACAAUACAUUCUGCAACUAGUGAUGACAGAUUUCAGGACCGAGCCUUCCUGAAGGUGACCUGCUUCCCUGAAGUUCUGACUUGUGAGAGUUUUGAUGUUAAACUGUGCCUGUAUAGUCUUCUUUUGAAAGAAUUGCUGCUGCUUGAUACUGAACUAAGAAGGGAAAAACAGCUGAUAUUUAUUCAGGUUCUCAGAACAUACCUCUCUGAUUUUUACCUUAAAAAGAGGAUUACUGAAGAUUUGUACCAGAAGAUCAUUUUGACGCAAGAAACUGAUUUGGAAGAGUUACAGAAACAACUUACCUCCAGACUACUGAGUACUGAAAUGUCGGGCGCUCGUAAUUCAGAGUACCAGACCUUAGAAGACUUAGAAAGGAAAGAGAGGGAAUAUUCUGAACAUAUCAUAGAUAAUAUGGAAGCUUUCUGGAAGCAGGCAGACAAAGCCGAGCAGUUUCUCCUGAACCAAUCAAAUUGCUCAAGUGCCAAAAGAAUAAAGAUGAUGAUGUAUCUGACUGAGAGAAUGAUUGCAGUAGAAGGGUUAUUAAGCCAGUCUCAGGAUUUGCAAGCAAUGAUUUAUUUUCAUUCCUUAAAGAGCCAAGAAGCACUGGAUGGAAAAUGUGGACAGCUUUGCUUAACCCGUGCCAUGGUCCAAGACGUUCAGGAAAGAAUAUUUAAUUGGGAGCUAAUGGUGAAAAUGAUCAAUUUUUUUAAGACAAAGAUACAAGAAGAAAGUAAAUGUAGACUAGAUGCUGUAGCUGGCAUAUUGGACCAGUUAACGAUAAAGAGCAACCUCUCUCUUUCGCAGAAGGAAGAGCUUUUAACAGGCCUGCACAAGGCCUUCUUGGAGCAAGUAGCACAUUGCAAUAAUGAAUGUGUCCAACAAGGUAAAGACCUAAUCGUGAAACUCCUGGCAUGUCGUACAAGGAAGAUAAGAGAGAUCAAACAAGCUCAGAAGGAUGAACAAGGGGAUCUACUCAGUAAAACUCAGAAAAUAGGGGAACUUGAUGAGUUUCUGAAGGCCUGCCAUGAAAUGUUAGAGAAGCAGAGACAGACACUGCAUGAUCUGGAAGAAGAGGAUGACUGCCAAAGCACUGAGGCCAUUGCAGAACUCCAUCAGGAACUGUGUUCUGGAACUUCCCAUGCUUUAGAUGAGUUGGUGCAAGAGUUAUUUCUUCAGACUCUUCCUACCAAGACUGGUCUGUCUUUAAGAGAAUGUGAACUUCUAAAAGAAGAAUGUCAGGAGAAUUUGAUCCUUCAAUUAGAGAAAUGGGACAGCUGUAGACAAAAGCAGUGGAAGCUCUUCCAAGAACAACUGCAACAAGAAAAACAGCUGUGGACCAAGGAGUAUGCUCUGUCUGCUGUGAUGCAAAAACACCUGUCUGAGAAACAUGAGAAGAUUAUACAAGGUGUUUUAAUCCGAUUAGGUGGCCUCAGUGAGGAGUCUGCUAAAUACAUAUUACGGAAGCACAGACUCUUGCUGUGUUCAGUUCUCAGAAGGUUAGCAGUCCGAAAUGUUGCUAUGGCUACUCUGACUCACAUGAAAGUGUCCCAGAAGAAAAGCUUGCUUCAGGAGCUAAGAGAACAACACACUCUGCAAAAGAGUUCCUCACACUGUCAAGAUGAACACCAGUGGCAACUACAGAACGCAAUGGAAUCUCACAUUCUGGAAGAAGAGGAGAAGCUGGAGGAGGAAACUCAACAAACACGUUUGGAAUUUCAUCAGCAGUUAGUUGCAGAAAUCCAAGAAGCUCUUCAGCUUGUGCAGCAGCACAUGGAACAAGUGAUUGGGCAGGCCUUGCUCCAGCAUGCCCGGCAAGAAGCUGCUAAGCAAAGCUCUGACGAUGAAGAGGACUUCAAGGAGAGACUGAUAGAAGCAGCUGUAGAGAGCGUAUAUGUGACCAGCAAUGGUGUCAAUAGACUGGUGCAACGCUACUACCAGCAAAUAGAAAAAAUCAUGGACGGGCAUGAAAACAGAAAACUUCAACAGCUGAAAUCCUUUCAGGCAGAAAGGACUGAAAAUAACAGACUCAGAAAAAAACAAGAAGAAAAUGAACAAACAUUGAAAGAAAAAAUGAAUCAAGGCACCCUGAACACGUCAUCUGCAGUCCAUCAAAGGAUGUUGUUACAACAACAAAAAUUCUUGGCUCAGUUUGAUGUGCAGCAGCAGGUUCGUCUGGACUCCCUAAAACAGAAGAUACUGGUAUUGCAUCAUCUAGAAACACAACUUGAAAAUCAGCUAAAGCAAGCAGAACAAGAUUUCAUCACUGAGCUAGCUGCAUUGGCCCGAGUUCCCCUCACAGUGCGCAAGCAGCCUUUAAAUAGGAGCGUACAAUCAGGAAAAAGCCAAAAAACAAAAAGGAGGAACUCCCAUUCCUGGGGAAAAGAGGAUUCUGGUGACUUCAAUGAAAAAUGACCAGAUGCCCCAGGAACACACUUCUGGAUCAGUCAGAAACAAAUUGCAGAGGCAGCAAGAAACUGAAAUUGAUCAACGGAAGAAUUCAAAGAUGCAGAAGAAGAGGUGCAACAGAAAACAGUUCUCUGAAUUGUCUGUCAGCCUUAAUGUUGAGUCCCAAAGCAUUUUUCUGGACAAACUAAACUACUGUAAAUAUUUACUGAGCAGGAUCAUUGGGGAACAAAUAAGAACCUCAUUCAAAACUAAGAAGCCUUAUUCCACAACUGUGAAGCAGUAUAAACAAAACUCAACCACAUGGAGAUAUAGCAUGUAUCCAUCUUCCUUACGCCGAUAAUGAAACAUUCCCACUUGGUUCUGUACAAAAGACCAGGAAGCCAGCUCUGUCCGCCAGCUAGAGCUCUGAGAACAGUUUCCUUUUUGUGAAAAGUAGCUGGAUUUACAGAAAGUUCCCAGCUCACUGAAAUCAAGAAAAAAAAAUAAGGGGGUGAGGAGACAACACCUCCAAAAGAAGAGCCUAUUAGAGCAGAGGGUGGAGAGGAAGGAAGAAUAUUCUGACCCUUUGGCCAGCCAGGAUCCAGGAAUUAGAGUUCCAGAUUGGCAUAAAAACUUUGCAUGGCAAUGGAUCUCUCAGAAAUCAGUGCCUUUAGGUUGAAUAAAGAUCUGAGUGUGGCCUCAAGCAAAUUCAAGCCCAUCAUGUUGGGCAGUGGUACAAGAGGGGGCCUCUUUCUGGCAGGGUGGGGAUGGGAAAUGAAGCCUGGAGAGAAUAGACGGUAGAUCUGAAAGGUCAAACUACAAAGUAAACAAAAAUCAUUUGUAAGUACUGACUGAUAAUAAGCAGUAUUAGUUAACAGUAGACAGCAUUAAAAAUGAGGAGGAAACACAGCAAGGCCCUCAUUGCAAAAGUACUGUCCACUGCAGUUGCCAUUGAAUUCUUCUGAAAAACCAGGCAAACAUUUUCAAAAGAGAAUGCAGAAGCAGUGCACAUUCACGACUCCAGCUGAAGUCAGACUCAGCACCUCUGAAAAGCAGAUGGAGACAAUUGAAAACCUGACAAGUGUUUGAAUAUGAGAUGCUAGAGGAAACUUAAAUCUAGGGGAAACCUGUGACAAAGCGACUUGUUCCCACAGAAACUGAAGCAACUGACGCUGUCACUAGAGAGGGCUCUGUUUGAGCAAUAAUAGUACACAGCAUUCAAAACUACAGGUAUUUAAGCCCAUGGUUACUCAGGCGAGAUGACUGUUCAUUAGGGCAGCAGAGCCCAACCUCUCUCAUUGUAAGAAACAGAGCGGACACUGAUGACAAACGUUUCCUUUUACAUUUCCUCCCACAGUCCUUUCCUCAUCCUGGGGUACUGCAUUUAUUUAGCAGAACCUCAGGCUCUCAUAGGCCCUUUCCAUCUAUCAUCUCAGGUCAGAAGCAUCUUUCUGAGUCAUUAAACAGCAAGAAAAAAAAAGCAAACAGUCUAAACCAUCACUAAAUCCCCCUCCUCAGUUCUGUCUUCCAUAGUCCCUGUACAGGCCUUCUGGCAUAUUCUGCUGAUCUCGCUAGGGCCUUUCCUAGCAAAGGCCAGAAGGUUAUACACUUCCUGAUGUGUAGGGCUAAUUAACAAGGGCCAUCUCCUAAAUGUUUAACCCCUGCUGGUCCUGGAUACCACCCUGUAGUGUGUAGAGAAGGGUAGUACGUUUUAUUUCCGGGGACCAAAUUAUGGUGCUUUCACCAUGGCUGGUUUCUCCCCCUGAACGCCGAAAAGAGCCAUCACAGUAGCCUUUUUCAAAGACGAGGCCAGUAUAGAAGUGUUCAGAAUAGAUAACUAUAAUUAUAGUUACAGGGACAGAGCCUCAGCUAGCGUAAAUCGGUGUGUCACUCCAUCAAAGUCAAUGGAGCUAUGUCACCGUCUGAGGAUCUAGCAUGAUAAUUAGGUAAAGGGUUGAUGCAAUGGCACAAUGUGGACGUUAUUACCGUUAGACAAAGAGUGUUGCUAUUAUUGCAGGUGGCAUUUCCACUUAGCUUCAGUGUAAGCUCUUACCUUGAAUGUCUGGGUUUUAAUCAGUGAUUCUUAUACUGUGGGCCAUGCAGAGCUGGUAGCAUGCAGGCUGCAACCAGGUGGUAGCUAUGCUGAUUAAACUAUACUGAUUAAAAUUACAAUGGUGGCACACCAAGGGCUUAUGGGAGUUUGGAUUUGGUGUGCUAGUGCUUAACAUUGUAGAAUGACUGUUUUAGAUUAACAGAAUCAAUAAAAGUCUAAAAACAUAUUUAAUGGAUAUGAGGUGUCUACCAUAAAUACAAUAGUCUGGGAUUUGAUCUACUUUUUAUUUUAUUUUGAAACAGUGUUUUACGUAUGGCUGUUUUUCUACUUGCACCACAAUUUUGUAGAAAUAUUAUUCUUCAUGGCUAUCUCCAAUUUGUAUGUUAUUAUUAUGGAGAUGAAGCAAGAUGUGGUAUCUGUUACAUUGUCAGCUUUCAGUUUUCUGCAUGCCUUUUUAUUAUAGUUCAUUAUCUUUCUUCUUUUUUAAAAAAAGUUAGUUCCAAGCAGCUAAUUGUUGUUGGCUGCAUACAGUACCUAGAUAAUGUAUUUAACUAUGUUUAUAUCAUAUGAAGCAUGUAUUUAGUUAAGCAAUUGUAAAGUUUUCAUUAAAAGCACCUUUUUUACCUAUUUAAAAUAGAUUUAUAUUUUACUAAUCACAACAUGGUCCAUUGCUCUGUGUAAUAAAGUACAAUAUAGUGUUUGCA